CGUGAGAGCCGCGCGGUGGCGACCGCACUCUCAAGUUCGGCAGCGCGCAGCGAGUUGCAUCGAAACGCGAGCGAGAAGGUGCCCAUAUGUAUUUCGUCCGGUGCGUCGCCGUCGGCCAUUGUCUCUGACAUGGAAGCCUAUCAAAAUGGCAGAAGUCGUGCAGAUGUUUUUGUUCCUAUAUAAAUCGAAGUAUCGUCGGAAAGGGCAGUGCCGUGAGGUGGUACGAGAUCAGUGCGGUGUAAUUGCGGUGCCGUGGCCAAUACUGUGGGCGGCGCUGAUUUGUUGGGUGGUGCACGUAACUGCGGCUGCCUCCUCCUCCUCAUCGUCGCUGACGACGGAUACGACCUGCGACACGGACAGUUGCGUCAACGGAGACUGUGUCAAUGGCACUUGCGUGUGCCACGAGGGUUGGCAGGGUUCGGCGUGUCAAUUUUGCGGCGGAAAAGUCAAACUGACGGAACCGACGGGAAACAUCCACGACGGUAUCGGGAAUUACACGGCGGACGUAAAGUGUUCCUGGCUAAUCGAGAGCAGCCCAAACUCCACGAUACGGAUGCACGUGGAGCAAUUCGCAACAGAAUGCGGUUGGGAUCAUAUGUACAUUUACGACGGUGACAGCGUCGAAGCGCCGUUGCUUGCCGUCUUCUCUGGAUUGAUGCACAAAGAUGGCUACCACAUACGUCGCGUUCCGGAAGUGAUCGCGCGUUCCGGAAGCGCGCUCCUUCACUUCUAUUCGGAUGUCGCUUAUAACAUGAGCGGUUUCAAUAUUAGCUAUAAGAUUAAUGCCUGUCCCAGCAGGUAUUCGCACAUCGAUUGUUCUGGACAUGGGGUUUGCAUUGAUAGUGUAUGUACAUGUGAUGCCACAUGGACUGGUGAAGCCUGUGAAAUUCAAGUUUGUCCGAAUAACUGUUCCCAUAGUCAUGGACAGGGCGAAUGUAAUCGGGAGAGUCAUCAUUGUGAUUGUAUGCAUGGCUUCAAGGGCUCUGAUUGCAGUCAAAGAAGCGACCGUGGAUUCUGGGAAAACGUAUUCUAUACUGACUUCUCACCUGAAGGCUCGGCUAGUCAUUGCUCUAUCGUUUGGAAAGAUUCUUUAUAUAUAGUUGGUGGUGAAAGUUUUCAUCGCGCUAAAAUGAUUUACGUGUAUGAUUUCAAUGGAAAUGUCUGGGAGACCCCUCAUGUCGAAGGGAAGGUUCCUCAACCUCGAUACGCUCAUUCGUGUAUACUUUUCGGUGAUAAAAUAUUCAUGUAUGGCGGUGUACUGCCUAAUUCUACGGUAACCAAUGAAAUCUGGGCAUUUGAUGUAUCGGCGAAAGUCUGGGAGAAUGUAACCGUACACGACAAGAGCAACAAAACUAUGCGUGGUCCUUUAAAGGUAGCCGGACAUUCUGCAACCCUGGUACAAAAUCAUGGAAGAAAAGAAAAAAUGGUGGUAAUAUUCGGAUAUUCACCUCAAUAUGGUUACUUGAACGAGAUUCAAGAAUAUCAUUUGGGCACACGUGAAUGGCAAAUCGUAGACACAAUUGGAUUCCCUGUGAAAGGUGGUUACGGGCAUAGCUCCGCUUAUGAUACAUUGACAAAUCUCAUUUAUGUAUAUGGAGGAUAUGUAUCAGAAUCGCAGACCACACAGGUCUUAACUAGUCGAUUGUACUCUUAUGAUCCUAAUUCUCGUCAAUGGACAUUGCUUACGGCUGCCCCAUCAGCUCGUUUCUUUCACACAGCUGUGUUCAUUUCUGGUGGUUUGAUGAUCGUCUUUGGCGGUAAUAUGCAUAACGAUACGCAACAUUCGGAUGGAACGAGAUGUUAUUCGGCGGAUACGAUCGCAUAUGAUGUCACUUGUGAUUCCUGGCAUCAAUUUCCUAUGCCCAAAGAGAUGACCGACCUGCCCAGGUAUGGACACAGUGCGACUGUGUUUGAGAAGUCAAUGUAUAUCUAUGGGGGAUUUGAUGGACAAAUGUUGUCUGACAUGACAAGGUAUACUCCAGGAAAUUGUGAGCAUUUAACAAAUCAGAAUCAUUGUUUAAAUGCAAGGACAGGCGUGAAGUGCGUGUGGGAUAAAAGAGAAAAUCGAUGUAUUCAGAUCACCAAGAUAGCUCGACACGUGCUUCUUAACGAUGACAUGCAUGAUGGAAUUUAUAUGAGAUGUCUGGACGAUACUCCGCCUCGUGGGAUGACAUCUCACAAGGAAUUAUGCAAGCUGCUUACGGAUUGUGUGGCUUGCGUACAAACAUCAUAUAAUUGCAUAUGGUGCGGUAAGAGUUGCUCGCACGAGAUUUGCCGAGACAACGCUAAUGCACCUCCGAUCAAGGCUAUCAGCAAUCUAGAUCAAUGUGAUGCUCACACAGCCAUUAAAUGUUUGCAGUUGCAUACGUGCCAUGCGUGUUCUAGUAAUCCACACUGCAUCUGGUCUUGGUCAAAUGGACCUGAUCGAUGUAAACCAUAUUCGAAAGCUCGAGAACAAGUGACCAUUUUAAACGGAACUAUUCAAGCACAAAGAUUGUCCAUAGAUUCUUGUCGCAGUCCAUGCGUAGACUAUACUUCCUGUAAAAAUUGCACAGAAUCAGAUUGUAUUUGGUGUCAAAAUGAGAAAAAAUGUGUGGACAAAAAUGCAUAUCCUGCAAGCUUCCCUUAUGGACAAUGUCGUGAAUGGACAACGGUUGAUUCAAAAUGUCAUCCCACGGAAACAGGAAAGGAAUGGUGUACGUUUUAUUCAUCUUGUGCAGCGUGCCGAUCUGAUCCUGGAUGUGGAUGGUGUGAUGACGGUUCUGGGACAGGAAAAGGAUUGUGUUUGCCAGGUGGAGCUCGUGGUCCAAGCAGUAAAAGCUUGGACACUUGCUCAAUCGAACGAUGGUAUUUUACAAAAUGUCCUACUUGUCAAUGCAAUGGUCACAGCAAGUGUCUUUCGAAUAGCAGUAUAUGUAUUCAACCAUGUGGAAAUUUGACUUAUGGACCUCAUUGCGAUAAAUGUAUUCCUGGUUACUAUGGAAAUCCAUUAAAUGGAGCCACUUGUCAACCAUGUUUUUGUAAUAAUCAAGGCACACAAUGUACCAGUGAAACGGGUAAAUGUUUCUGUACAACGAAAGGCAUUAUUGGAGAUCAUUGUGAACGAUGUGACGUGUCUAGCCUUUAUCAUGGAGAUCCUACUAAUAAAGGAUCUUGUUUUUACGAUUUGGCUAUUGAUUAUCAAUUUACAUUCAAUUUAAGUAAAAAAGAGGACCGUCAAUACAGAGCGAUUAAUUUUAAGAAUUCUCCGCCAAAACCUGAUAUUGAUGCAGAGUUUUCCAUUACGUGUUCCGUUCUGGCUAAAAUGAACAUCACGGUGAAAAGAGCAAAUACACCGGAAAUGCCAGUCAUUCUUGGCGCAAAUUGCACGACUGCAAUGUAUAAACAUCGUUUUAUUAAAGAUGGUUAUGGUUUCGGUAGUGAGAACAAUAAUACAUUGACCACAUUCUAUGUGUAUGUGUACGACUUCCAACCGCCGGUGUGGAUUCAAAUUUCUUUUUCACAAUAUUCCAAACUCAACUUGCAGCAAUUCUUUAUAACAUUUUGCACAGAUUACAUGCCUAGGUGCUUCCUCGCUCUACUGUUGGUGGCUGCUGUUCUUUGGAAAAUCAAGCAAAAAUAUGAUAUGUAUAGAAGAAGACAGAGAUUGUUUGUAGAAAUGGAACAAAUGGCCAGUAGAGCGUUUAGCCAAGUUUUGGUAGAAAUCGAGAGGCGGGACAUCGAUAAUUCUGACUCAGAGCGAAGUGAGUCCGAAUUAGUAAAUUGCCGCAAAAAGAAAAAGGAUGCCCCUAGUCCGAUCGCAUUGGAGCCCUGUUGCGGUAACAGAGCAGCGGUCUUGUCGUUGCUAGUCAGACUGCCUACUGGUGGUGAACCGUACACUCCGGCUGGUCAGAGCGCCGGUUUAGCCGUAGCGUCUGCGUUAGUUACACUGGGUAGCCCACGGAGGCCAUCUCAGGAAUUGACGACAAAAGAACCGACAAAAACACGAAAGUCUGCCAGCCAACAUCCAGAUUCCACUUGCAUUUAGCGAUAAAGGCGUGAAAAUAGAGACACCUUAAACAUAAACUACGCCGUGGGUGACUAUGAGCCUUAGAUAUAUUUCUGUGAUCUUGCCUUAGCGAAUGGGCAGGACUGUUCAACAGUUAAACUCUUCGAACUCUAAUCGAGUGAAGUGUGUAAUACAUUAUUAUUACAAUUUUUUUUUUUCGUUUUCGUUUUCGUUCGUUCCGUGAUAAAUAUUCGUUUCGUUUCGUAAAAUCAAUCGGUAAAACUGUAAUAACAAAUUCGACUUCCCGAAGAACAUAUUUCCGAGGAGAAUUGCAUCCCAUCAUACUCAAAGGGUCAGCUAAGUGAUUUGAAUGUACAUGUUGGAUUUUCGAUGCGAAAUGGGGAUCAGCCAUUUUUCGUUCAACCAAUUUUUGGUAAGUAAAUUAGUACAUGAAUUAUUUGCGUGUGGCGGUAACACGCUUGGCUGACUUGAGAUUUUUUUAUCAUUUUAUUUUUUUCGUUUCUAUGUGACAAUGUACAGUUGUAUAUAGAUCUGUUAUGCGAUUUAUUUCUUUCGUUUAGUCAUUGCGAUCGAACGGAAUCGAGUUCGUUCCGCAAUUAUCGAAGUGUCUUCGAAAAGGGCUAUAAAAAAAAACCGAAUGUUGUUCUUUAUUCGAGAAAUGAAUUUCGCGCGUAAUAAAGUUGAUACGUGCUGCCCUCUGUACGAAUUUCAACAAAUUCGGGUGAGAGGUCGCUGAAAAUUGGCGGGUGAUUGAAAAACGAAAUAUUGGAAAAUUCGAUUUGCCAGAUGCAGUUCGAACUUAAUUUUCGUUCUUCGUUUUGUAAACUUAUGUAAAUACAUAUAUGGUUGUAUAUCCGAAGUAAAAAUCACGAUACAGAUGAACUGUACAGAUAUAAAUUCGAUUUGAAAGAAAAAGAAAGAUAGCAAAGUGAGGAAUAUAUAAUUUUUUUGUGUAUUCAUAUACAAUAAUCGAUAAAGAUUUAAUUCUAAAUUAAAGGAAAUGAAUAGGGAUAAAUUGUUGAUAUUUUGAAUAUUGCAUCAUCUUUGUAUAAUCUUCGUAUUCUAUAUAUCUACUGUGCCAAAGCAUUUUUUGAUAUUGGUAUCAAAUCAUUAAAGAAAAAAAAAUAUCAAAAUAUCAUUGGUGUAGAUACGAAUUUUUAUCAGCAAUUCAAUCUGUUGAAAAGUUUCUUAAAAAACGAUGAAACAUGAAAGUCAAUUUCUUUCAGUUAUCUCUAUUCAUUUCUAUAAGAGAAAAGUGUUCGCUAUACGAUCGAAAAAUAUCGAAGCAGAAAAAUGAAUUAUUUUCAUCUGAAGAUUUUUUUUUAAAUAUGACAUAAUAAUUUCUAUCGUGUAGCGUUCCAUGUAAUUUUAAUGUAUAAUGAACUUAGAAAAAAAAAAAAAAAAAGAAAAAAACAAAAAAACAAAAAAAGAAAAGAAGGAUGUGGACGUUGCAAUAAACUGAAAGAAUCGCGGUAAUUCUUCGGUCGACGAUACAGUUUUCGUUUUGCUACAAAGAUGGCGGUGCUGGUUGUUUCACGUACCAAGCCUAACCUCAAAAUGUCUAAAGGAGACAAGACAAACGAACGUAUAUGUUAUGUGGCUGUGGUUUAUUUUUUCAUUUAUAUUAUCGUUCAUUUAUAUUACCAAUAUAUAUAAAUUUCUUAUAUUUUUGCGUGGCCAAUAAAAGAUAGCUGCUUCCGUUCUGAAAUUUAGAAUGAUCUCAUGUUCUUACUUCCUGUUCUGAAUAUGGAGGCAGCUCUUACUAUCACGUGUUCCAUAAAGCAAAUGAAAAAUAGAAAAAAGGAGAAACCGUUUUAUAUCGUAGCAAAACAGUUUCUUAGAACUUAAAAAACCUCCAGCACUUGCAUAGCAUACGGACAGAAUAUUCGUGUAUAAGUGUCGUCUAAUUUUAAUUCCUGUAAAAAUCGAAUUUUUUUAAUGUGUAUUUUACCAUAAUGUUCAAAAUUGGAGGGCCGACUGCUUAUUAGUCCACUACUGAGAUAAGAAAUAAGACGAAAAUGCUGAUUAUAAUAUUUUAUAUUUAAUUAUCUAUUAUAGAAUAUUUUCAAUUUUUUUUGUUACCUAUUACAAUUAGCUUCCAAUGCUCAAGUUUAUUCUAUAUGAGUAGACGAUCCUCCAAUCCUGCGCAUGGUAUAAGACUCGAGUACAUUAAGAGUAUCGUUUUAGCUUAAGUUUUUGGUCACAAAGGAUGAGAGUGAUAUAAAUUUUUUUUUUAAAUCAUUGUAUAGCACGGAUCAAGUGCAAUGUAUUUUGUUUUACCAUGUAUAAUACUCAUCAAUGUUUCUUUCAUUCUCUCUACUGUACUCGGAGUCUCUUUUUGUGAGGGUGCAACCAGAUGCUAGUCAAUGCAAUUGUACGUGAUUUAAAUUGACAAAGUUACCCACCAUUCUUUAGAGUCGCUUCUAUCAUUUUGUUAAGAGAAAAAGAACUAUUUAUUCUCAUUCUUUGAUUAUGCUCUGGUUGCAUUCACUUAGAGCAUAGUGUAUAUUUUAUAUUAUUAUCGUAAAGAUAAUUUAAUUUUUUUUAUACAACUGUUUUAUUUUUGUUUGUUUUUUUUAAACGGAAUAAUAGGAGCGCGUAUUCCCUCCUCCAGUUCUUGUUUUGAAAUCAAACUUUUUAUUAUUUUUUUGUGCAAAAAUUUAUAAUUGUACAUAUACAAGUUACAAAUAAUGUUACGUUAUAUUUAAAGAAAAUAGGAUUAUAUUCGAUAUAUUGCUCAACUUUUGAGUAGAUUUCUUUUUAAAUUGCGCUUAAUAAUUUCUACUUUAUCGACUUUUUUCUUUCGUAUCUAGGGAUAUUUAGAUUUUGUGUUCAUUCGAGGGAAAAAGUAUUUAAAAUAUAAGAAAAAGAAAAUGAAACGAGAUAGAUUAUAUUUGGGACACAUUGUUAAGGAAGGACGAUGCUUAGAUCGACGAGUAUUUCUCAUUCUUGUUCUCUUCUUUUUUUUUUUUAAUCCAUGUGUAUUUAUCGAGUGUCUUGAUACUGCCAUUUAACUUCUAUGAUCUAUUUGUCUUCGAAUUCAAAAUGAUUAGGAUCCACCCAUUUAAUCGUUAAAACUCUUUGCUGCUUGAAUUCCAUUGCAUGUAUGAAGUAAUAUUAGAAAGUAGAAAUUUCGCUUAAGGAGACAGUGUCCAAAAAGUUUUGCCAGAAUUUGGUGCCAACUCCCAUUAUUAUUCCAAUCUUAUCAUUUAUUCUUCGUAACAUCUUGGCUCCUCGUUAACAUCGAGUUUCUUGGCAAAUGUUUCUGUGCUCGAAAAUUUUCUUUACCCUUAGGAAACGAUGUCAAGAUGGUUAUUAACAUUUUUUUAAUAAACGAGAUUUUUAAUUAAAGCAUUCUAAAUUAUUUGUGGUCAUGUUCGAAUUUAAUCUUCAAUAAAUAUGAUUAGAGACAGGAGAAAUUUUUUAUCAUUUUUUAUCAUUUUUUAUCUUUUUUUUAUCAUUCCUUUUUUUUGGCUUGUUCAAUAAAUAGAGCAAUUGUUGAAAAAUUGAAUUAAAAAAUAUUAUGGAGAGUAAAAUAGAUUUUUUGUUGAAAUGAAAAAAUGAAAAUUAAAUGAUUUGAAUUCAAUCUAUUUAUUUUCAUCAUAGAGAUACUUAAUUAUAAAAAUUAAGGAAUAUGUUAAUGGUGGGGGAUGAUCUUGAAAAUUUGACUGAUUUCAGCCAGGCUAUAGCUUCCAUAAAUGGAAUACUUAGUUUUCAGGCAGCAAUGGAGUUAACUAGGCCCUAAACUAAGACUAUAUCACACACCAUUGUUGUUCAUACAUUAAUUGUGUCAGGAUUAUGAAUGAUUUUAAAAUUUAUAUUGUGUUUCAUAAUGAUCCAUAGAUUUGUGAUUAAUCCAUGCUCCUGUGAAUUAUCCACAGAAUUAAUUCUUAACUAUUAUGAUUCUAAAGUAUCCCAAUAACAAAAUUAAUUCUGAAUUUAUGAGUUAUAUAUUACAAAGUUGAUUCUGAAUUAAUCAUUGUAAGAUUAGAUAAUCAUUGUAACAUUAACAUUAUAUGUUAUUUGAAAAUUAUACAAUGAUAGUUUAACAGACUAUGGAUGUUAAUGCAAUGGUAUUAGAAAUUUAAAAAUUUUAAAAAUAAAAAAAUUUAUACAAGAUAUAAUAUCAUUAAUGUAAUAUUUAUAAUAAUCUAAUAUAUGGAAUAGUUUCUUAUAUAAAUUUCAUUUUUUUAAAAAUAUAAAGUUGUAUCAAUCUACUUACAACAUUAGGGGUACUCUAACAUCUUAGCAGUUAAGAAUUAAACAUAACUUCAAUAAAGAGACAAAGAUGAAUAAACGUUGAAAGAUAAAUCAUCAAAUAGUAAUGAUUAAGAAUGAUAAAGAAUAAAGUUCAAUCAAUUUUCAGUCAUAUAAUCUAUGUAAAAUAUCAGGUUUCUUAGGUGGUUAGCAUAGUCGAUUAUAGUAUUGGAAGUAUUUAGCUUGAUUAUGGUGUUUCCCAAACGUCUUCGAAUUAUUUGUAAAUUUUAUAGAGAACACAGAGGCAUCGCUAUCAUUGACGUCUCGUGUUGAUCCUCGGCCAAAGGAAACGUGCAGUUUUAAUGUUUAAUAUUUGAAUAUCGAAUGUAAAAAUUCGAUAUUAAUUCAGGGGAAUCGUUGUAUCGAAAAUCAUUUUUGAUACGUCCAUUGUGGAAUUUUGAGAAGAUAAGAUCUGUGUCUAGGGCCUAGAUCAAGGUGGAUUUUUUUAAUCCUAAAAAUUCUAAGAUUUAUGGGAUUUUCAGGAUCUUUUACGAUCUCUAAAACUUUUAGAUUUCGAAGAUUUUUGGAUCUUUAGGAUUUUUAAAACCUAGGAUUUUUAGGAUCUUUAGGAUCUCGAUAACCUUUAGAAUCUUCAGGAUUUGGAUGAACCUUAGGAAUCUUUAUGAUUUCUAGAACCUAUAAAAUAUUAAGGAUUUUUAAGAUUUCUAGAUAUUUUAGAAUCUUUAAAGAUUUCUUAGAUUUCUAGGAAUUUUAGAAUCUCUAAGAACCAUUUAGAAUCAUAAGAAAUAUUCAGGAACUUUAAGAUUUCUAGAAUCUCAAAGAUUUCUCUAACUAAAGUAUCCCUAGAUUUUCGAUGAUCAUCAAAACUUUUAAGAUUUAACAAAAUUUCUAGGCUUUUUAAAAUUUUUAAAACAAUUAGAAUAUCAAAGAUCUCGAACAAUAAUACUUAUAGAAAUUCCAAGAU